AUGGCUUCCCCCUGUUCCGGGGACCCCAGCCCGGCAGGUCUACCCCCGUGUCCUGUAGCCACUCCAGGUGAGACACGCGGAGGGGGCCCCGCCGCGCCCCAGGAGCCCCCGUUCCCGGACAUCUACGGCGGGGACGCGCAGCUGUGGGAGGCGCACUUCCGCGGCAUCGGGCGCGCCUAUCGCGCUCUGGGCAAGGAGGACGACUUCGCCAUCCGCGUGCUCACCGAGGACUUCACGCUGCCCUUCCCGUUCGCUUGGCCGCCGGGGCCCGACCCGGCCCGUGGGCCGCUGUUCUACGACCCGCACGACCGCACGGGCUUCGACUUCCUGCUGCGGGGCCCUGGCGCGCUGCCCCCCGCGCUGCUGCGGCCCCUGCACAGCACGGCGCAGGCGGCGCUGCGCAAGCGGCGCCUGGAGCAGCUGGCGCUGAGCUACGCGCACCGGGCGCCGGCCCCCGGCCCGGCCUGGUGCUGCUGGCGCCCGUGCCCGCCGCCGCAGGCAGCGCCUUCCCGGGGCCCGAGGGCGCCUCCCCCUGCGGGGGCGCCCCCCGGCUGGGCUAGCGCGGCCCCGAGCUUGUCAAUAAAGUGUGCAGAGCUUCUGCUUCUCCCGCCCCGAGGCUAUUUGCCAGACACACCUGGGCGGACAUCUGGUGCCAGGCAGAUCCCCGGGGGCCGGGUCCGCGGUGGUGUGGGAUGUCCACUUUGUCCCAAGUGGAUAAUGAAUCAAGGCGGGAAGUCGGACAGCCAGGAUGGGCUGGCCAGAUGCGGCCUGUGCUCAGCCUGGAAUGACAAUGAAGAGGGCCGGGUGGAGGCUGGCGGGAGCCAGCCUGAUGAAGAGCUCCCAGCCCAGGUCAGGGCCGCCUUGGCCCUGGCUCCGGAGCGGGGCCGUGGGCUGGCCGAGCGGCUCCCUGCGGUCCCUGGUAAGCCUUCCUGCCGGGACAAGACCCUCAUAGAGUCCUUCCUUCCUCUGCCCCAUGACCCGCGGCUCCGGAGACAGUGCCUCCUCCACCGUCCUGCGUCCCGGAGGCACCUGCAGCAAGCAUGA